AUGUCAUUCAAGGGUAAAGCGGUGAUUGUGACCGGCUCCAGUGCAGGGAUUGGCCAAGAAUGCGCCGUUUUGUUUGGAGAGCAAGGCGCCUUUGUGACAGUGCAUGGAAUGUCGAUCGACGGAAUUAAUGUGGGUUUGUAGGAUUUACCCUUACUCCUCCGUACAUCAAAUUGCUUAAGAGUUGCCUAGAAGAAUUUCGUUUUACAGGAAUUUCACUGUAUUUCAAAAAUUUGUCAAUCAAAUGAUCAAAACUGCAGAAAUUUUGAGAAUUUUUAUAAAAGCUCCUUGGCCUCGGUCAUGUUUUAUAUAAUGCUUGCAAUCUUAGCUGGCAAAAUAUAUGAAAAAUAUAUAAACAAAAUACGCAGUGCAGCUUAGAGAUAACGACGUUUGCAGUCUCAAGAAAAAUUAAUCUAACAGGGGAAGUACUCCAAGUGCGACGCUAAGAUUUUGAUGAAACUUGGCACAAAUUUAGAAUAAUUUUCUCUAAGAUAUAUGCGAGAAUCCUAGCUCGCGCUUUGCAGAAACAACCGAAAUUUUUAGAUCGAAAGCCGGCGAAAAUCUAGGACUUUUUGUCAAAUUUCGGCACGAAAAGUUUCUUGCCUAUGUCUACCGUAAAGGAUAAUGUUUCUACAAAAAAUCAAAAUCUUCCGCACGAAACUGCCAAAGCUAUGGCCAAAAAGCGCUUUUCUCUCUGACCGCUCUCCACGUUUAGCGUGCUCUCUCGGCGGCAAGAAUCGUCCGAUAUCCCGGCGGCCCCCGCAAAGCGCGGGCUAAAACUUUCAGGAAUUGAUAUUUAGUCCAUACCCGAUGUGUGUGCAAAAUUUAAAGAAAGUCUAAGCGUCGCACUUGGAGAACUUCCCCUGUAAAUUCAUCUCUUCCUUCAGACGACCAUAAAAAGACUACAGGAAGCCGGUGUUCCCGACUCCCACUAUGAAUAUGUCCAGGGGCCAAUUGAAGACGAAAACGUUCAAAACGAACUGUUUGAAAAGACUGUAAAGAAAUUUGGACGAGUUGACGUGCUCGUAAACAAUGCCGGAGCCACGCAAAAACCCGGAGUAGAAGCGUCUUCCUUGGAGAAUUUUGACUAUGUUUUGAAUGUGAAUCUGAGAAGGUAGGUUGCUGGUAUUGAUCCAAGCUCUUCUUCUGCUAGUUACAUGUCUAUAUUUCCAGUGUGAUCUCAUUAACUCGGAAAGCUGUAGAAUAUCUGGCGAAAACACACGGAAAUAUCGUGAAUAUUGGCUCCAUCUCCGCGGAAGUUUGUUUCCCAGCCGCUGAACACUACGCUGCCAGCAAGGCGGCGUUAAAUAGUUACACAAGAAAUUCGGCGUUACAGUAUGCCUCAAAAAACAUCAGGAUCAACCUGGUUAGGUGAGUGAUUUGAUUAUCAGUAAGCCUAAGCCACUGGACUUCAAUUUCUGCUGUUUAUUCGAAAUUUUUUCCUUUUUAGUCCCGGCUCAAUUUACACCAAUAUUCGGCUUCGCCAUUCAAACAAAGCCGAAGUUGACGCGCUCUAUGAAAGUCGGCAUGCAGGGAUCCCAUUAAAACGGACCGGAACAGGUAGAGAAGUCGCAAAUGUUGUGGAAUUCCUGGCCUCCGACAAAGCCUCUUAUGUAACCGGCUCUAUUUACGUUGUAGAUGGUGGGGCGUUGCUUAUGAAGCCAUUUUAA